AUGAAGAACAAAUCUAUUGUUCCUGAGUUAAUUAAUGAAAAGAAACAUUCAUCAAAGCUCACAAGAACUUACACUCUGACUCACAGUUACAUAACCACUAAAUUAACUUUAGCUAUAUCUCAAUCCAUCAAUAACUCUCAAUUGCGAGGAUGGGCAUAUAAGUUAUUCAGGGACAAAGUAGUGGCCGAGUGGAAGAAAGUGAAAGAUAAAAUGUCGCUUCAUGUCCAUUACCACAUUAGCGGAGGUCACAUCCUUUUGGAUCUCAUUGCUAAGCUUCGAUACUACAUUUUUCGCAAAGAAUUACAACGUCGUAAAUUUUUGGAUUUAUUAGCAAUGGUAUCAAAAGCUUUUAUUCAUGGAGAUGGGUACAUGUUGAUUAACUAUCCUGAGCUACAAGAAUCUCCUAUUUGA